AUGGCGGUGGUUCUGCUGGUCCCGCUUGCACGUGUAAAAGUGCUCGGAGUGAUUCGUUCUCAGAGCAGAGGAGGUCGAAUCUUCCAGUAUCAGUCCCUAACAGGGAAGGAGAGCUGGCAUCUGGCUAGUAUGGAUAUGACGGUUCUGUCUACAAGAUUUGCUGCGUUUGACCAGCGGAAGGGAAAGUCAUACACUUACCGUGUUCGCUCUGUUAACAAGUAUGGCAUCAGCGAACCGUCUCUUCCCAGCGAACCCAUCUCAGUGGGCCAGCCGCUAGGAGUUCCCACUCUGCCACACGGCGUCCUGCCCAUCCGAGACACCAACAGCUCAGUCCUGCUGCAGUGGAAGGAGCCCAAAAUAACAGAGGGUAUUGUGGGAUACUAUCUGUACUGCAGUGAGGUUGGAAGUGGACAGUGGAAGACCAUCAAUAAUAAGCCCAUCACCAAAACCAGGUUUACAGUUGAUGGCCUGAAGACCAAUAAAGAGUAUGUAUUCCGGGUGAAGUCCGUGGGACUGGCGGGAAACAGCAUCUACUCUGAGGAGUCUCCUGCCGUUCGAGUGAAAUCAGCGAUAUAUGUUCCAUCUCGUCCAUCAGCCAUCACUCUACUGCGCUGCACCGGAGCAGAGAUGCUGAUUGGCUGGAGAGCCCCGGCCAAUCACGGAGGAGACCCUGUGCGCGGCUACUUCCUGGACCAGAGGGAGAAAUCCCAGAGUUCCUGGAGAGAGAUCAGCAUCAAACCCGCUAAAGAAAGAGUGUACGAGGUGACAGGCCUUCAGGAAGGACGUUUUUACCAGUUCCGAGUCUUCGCAGCCAAUAUUGUUGGUCUGGGUGACGCUUCUGAACCCAGCGAGCUGUUUUUGUGUGAGCGCUGGACGAUGCCUGAGCCUGGUUGUCCGUAUGAUCUGGAAUUUAGAGAAGUGAGGCGGAACUCUCUGGUGCUGCUGUGGGCGGGGCCUCUGUACAAGGGCCAAUCAGAGGUCAGCGGGUAUGUAGUGGAGAUCAGCGAGGGGGCGGAGUCUGAGGAUUGGACCCUCGUGACGAGUGAGCCAGUGACGGAAACUCACUUAAAGGUUUCAGGUCUGCAAGCAGGUCAGACGUACCGCCUCCGUGUGUCUGCUGUUAACGCCGCCGGAGUCGGCAUGUCUUCAGUGGCGUCAGAGCCGGUGGAAGCGCAGACUAAAGCAGGAACCAAAGAGAUUGAGAUCGGAGUCGAUAACGACGGCUUCAUCUUCCUGAGCUUUGAAGCUCCUGACAGCACUGAUAAAGACGUCUUUAAGUGGAGUAAGAACUACGGCAAAGCGAUUGAUGCCGGACGAGCCCGACUGGAGAACAAAAACAACAGGUCUGUUCUUACCUUCACGGACGCCUCGGAGCAGGAUUUGGGCCUUCACACUGUGGAGCUGAGCGGAAACCCUGACGUCUCCUCUAGUUUCACCUUCACUGCAGAGGAUCUGGAGAGGCUGACAGAACUCAGCUGGCAUGUCAGAAACCCACUGAUCGCUCUGAAGUCUGAAGGCUGGCAGGUGGACGUGUCCGAGCAGGGAAGUGUGCGUCUGUGGCUGCAGACCGAGGCUCUCAGUAGCGCCGCGGUGCUUCGGCUCAUCCUCAAUGACAGAGAGAUCUCCAGCACACCGACCCGUAAGAUUAACUUUGACAAGGCACAGGGUCUGGUGGAGAUCCUGCUUGAUCAGAUAUCAAGAGAGGACGAGGGCUCAUACACCGCACAGCUCAAAGACGGCCGGGCCAAGAACCAGUUCACUCUGGUGUUUGUGGAUAAGAAAUUUCGGGACACACUGGCCAAAUCUGAGGCCAACAGACACAACUGGAAGAGAAAGUCGGGUCCCCAUUUCGAGGAGUUUUUGUCAUGGACAGUGACUUCAGAUUGUGAAAUGAUUAUGAAGUGCAAGGUCACCAACGUGAGCAAAGACACGCGUGUGAAGUGGUUUAAGGACGGAGUGGAGCUUCCUCAGGCGGUGUACGAGCCCCCGGGCGUCAGCUCCUUCACCGUCCCGCAGGUGACGAGGAAGGAGCUGGGUGUGUACAGAGCUGUAGUGUCCGACAGCAGAGGAGAAGACGAGAGCGUCCUGGAGCUGAUAGAUGAUGGUGAGAACAUGACUCAUUAUUACUGCCAUUAUAUGAGUAAUGUGACGAGGAAGGAGCUGGGUGUGUACAGAGCUGUAGUGUCCGACAGCAGAGGAGAAGACGAGAGCGUCCUGGAGCUGAUAGAUGAUGGAGAGGAGGUUAAGACUCUGCUUGAGGGUUGCAAUACUGAACGGGAGGGGUUUGGAGAGCUUGGCAGGGCUCCUCUUACUCGAGGGCUGAGAGGAGAAGAAGACAAGAGAAUUGACUUGGAGGAGCGGAGCAAGCCUGGCAGCAGCAUGCAGAAGGUUUGGAUUGAGAUAUUUGGCCCCACUGAAAACGAUAAAGGGAAGUACACCCUGGAGAUGUUCGACGGCCAGGAAACACACAAGCGCUCUCUGGAUCUGUCUGGACAAGCGUUCGCAGAUGCUUUGCUGGAGCACCAGAGACUGAAGCAAGUGGAGUUUGCUGAGAAAAAUCGAGCCCGAGUCACGAAGGGCCUUCCUGAUGUGGUGGCCAUAAUGGAGGACAAGUCUCUGUGUCUGACGUGUUUUGCCGAGGGCGAUCCUGCACCAGAAAUGUUUUGGCUGAAGAACGACAGAGAAGUCGCCUCCACCGGCCAGUAUAACAUUAAAAAUGAGAAUAAAUCCUCCACUCUCACUAUAAACCACGUGACCAUGGAGGACUCAGGCAACUACAGCAUCUUCGUGCGCAAUAAACACGGAUCGCAGACGGUCCUCGUGACCGUCAGUGUGUAUAAACAUGGUGAAAAGCCUCGAGCAGAUGCAGUGCAAAUGUAAGAGAAGCCACAGUGAUUGAGUAAAGUUAUAUUUUGCCACAUCAAUGAUGGGUGAAUCUGUUUUUAUUAAAGUCAACAAUGGCCUUAUUUACAUGGUGUGUGUUCAUUUUAGAGCCUGUAUGACGGUGUCCAAAAUAAAUAUGUGCUCCCUCUCAGUCCAUCCGAGAUGUGAGUUUGUUUCUUCAUCAGAUUUGGAGAAAUGUAGCAUCAAUGGAUG